GCCACUUUUCCUGGGGAACGAGAGUAGUGCGUGACGUCGGGCCGGGUGGGGUGAUAUGAGAGAUCACAGUGCUCGUUGACGUUUAGCAAUAGAAUUGCUAGAGAUUACCUUGGAAAUAUUGAACGACGAAUCCGCUAAAACACAACAACAAUGUCAUCCAAGCCUGAAAUCGGCUUCUGUGGCCUGGGCGCCAUGGGAAUGGGCAUGGCAACACAUCUCGUCAAGCAGGGCUACCCUGUAACCGGUUUCGACCUCUACCCACCUUCGCUCGAGAAGUUCAAGGCCGCUGGUGGCACUCCAUCAACUUCACUCUCGGAGUCCGCAAAAGACAAGCCUUUCUAUAUCGUCAUGGUCGCCGCUGCUUGGCAAGCUCAGCCUGCGCUUUUCGAUAAAGACGGCAUUGUGGGUGCGCUACCAAAAGGUGCUACGCUCUUGCUGUGCUCGACAGUACCCAGUGCAUACGCGAAGAGUGUAGAGAAAGAGCUAGUAGAUAUCGGCCGGGACGAUAUCUUAUUCAUAGAUGCGCCUGUUUCUGGUGGUGCAGGACGAGCAGCAGACGGCACUUUGUCCAUCAUGGCUGGUGCUUCGUCUGUGGCUUUUGAAAAAGGCCAAUGGUUGCUAGAGGAGAUGUCCGCACCCUCCAAGCUCUUCAUUGUCGAUGGCGGUAUUGGCGCAGGUAGCAAUAUGAAGAUGGUUCAUCAAGUCCUUGCGGCAGUUCAGAUUCUUGCUCUCAGCGAAGCAUAUGGUUUCGCUGCUAGGCUGGGCUUGAACGGCAAGGAUGUGUACGAUAAGGUGCUGGGGAGUACUGGGUGGAGCUGGAUGUUUGAGAAUCGCAGUCAAAGGACUUUGAAAGAGGAUUAUUUCCCAGGGGCAAGUGCUGUGACUAUCAUUCUGAAGGAUACUGGCAUCAUCACAUCUACAGCUCGCAGUGUAGCGUUCCCAGCAACCCUUUGUUCAGCCGCAGAACAAGUCUACUUCUCCGCGCUCGACCGAGGCUGGGGAGCUAACGACGACGCUGGCAUCGUCCGCCUAUGGACUUCUGAACCCGUCACCAGCAUCCAGAGCAAUCUCUCAGCCGAAGACAAAGAAGCAAAACUCCAGCUUGUCGUCAACCUUUUAACCGGUAUUCACCUCGUUUCUGCGGCGGAAGCCAUUUCCCUAGCCAAACACGUUGGCAUUCCUCUGGCACAAUUUUACGAGUUGGCCUGUGAUGCUGCAGGCGGAAGUAGCAUGUUCAAGGACGCAGGUGCGAAGAUGAUUGCGGUUUUGGAGGGCAAAGAAGAUGGCAAAGGGAAGGCACUUGGAGGGUACGCGGAAUCACUGAAGCAGGCUGUAGAUGAGGCACAGGCGAUCAAGUGUCCUGUGUAUCUUGGCACUGGCGCCUUGAAUCUUUUGUUGCAGACAGGGAGCGAGUUGAGUUUGGGCUCGUUGCUCAAGUGCUAUAUGCCUUAGAGCUGGAAGAAGCAUUGUGCACAGAGAUGUCAACAAUCAAUCUGGAUUGAUUGGCUUGAUUGAUUCGAAUCAAUCUGCUCAUUCAAUCAAGCCAAUCUCAAGAUUUUUUUGCAUCAAUCAAGCCAAUCCGGAUGUUUUUGUAGAUCUUUUACUUAGUUAGGCUAGCUAAUUACCUAUUUAGGAAG